GCGCGGGCGAGAGGGGGGCGGGGGAUGGCAGGGAGCGCGCUGGGUUUUGUUUCCCUUGAAGAAAUGAAAGCAGCAUUUUGGGAAUAAACGAGCCCUCAGUCGUACUGUAAAAACAUUGUGUGAGCCGGGCUCUCCUUAAACGGCCGUUUCUAGGUUUUGGCCUACUGGGACUUCCUGAAGCCUGUUCCACUUCGUAGGCCUACAUGAGACUGAUUUGCGACUGUUCCUUAUUGCGAAGUGAGGAGGGUAACGCAACAGUGUCCCUCGUCCUUCUCAGGGGGCCGAUAACGUCUCUAGGAGAAUUCUUAGCCGAAGGAAGGGAGAGCUUUUGUUCUGGGGGCGCUUGGCCGGGAAUUCUCCCGUGUGCAGCGCGGAACCUUGAGUGUGAGGCUCUUGUUUCCUUGGAGAGCGGAGCCAGCUGCACUCGGUCUCUGGGGUCAUACGGACGGCUUUCGGCGGCGGACUCGCGGAACGUGGAGGCAUCGCAGAAGGCAGAUGGAAGCAAACAGCAUUAAUCAGGGAUUAAAAGCACUAAUUUUUAUUUAAAUAAAAGUUUGUUGGAAACCAAAAGACUCUAGUUUUCUACGAAUAUUAUUAUGGCUUCAUCCCUCAAGAUUUUGGGUGCUGCCUGUCUUCUAAAGAAAUGUCACUGGCAAAAUGGCUUGUGUCCCUUGUUUAGACCUCUUGUUGAUAGUUGCAAUCUAAAAUGUUACAGUAGCUACAGGAGACCAGGAACACCUCCUGACAGAACCCCACCUUGGAAGAAAAUAGACUUCAGCUUUCAGAAGGGAGUGGAAGGAAUCAAGACACAUUUUGGACGAUUAGUGAAAGAAGUAACUGAUCAUGUGAAAGGGCCUGAGGGACGUCCACUAAAGCAAUACAUGCUGGAACAGACAAGAGUGAUUUGGGAGUUUCGUAGUCAAGAAGACUUGGAUAAAUGGGUAAUCUCAUCUGAUGUUGAAAUUGGAGGGAAAAGUGAAAUCUAUAUGCAGCUGGGCAAGAAUAACCAGGCUGCUCUGUUGUAUGGGAACAUUAAUACUACAGUACCUCGUGAUGGUGAGACCAGGUACAGUGGUUACUGCUCCAUGAGAUCUAAACCUCGACUGGUGGCUCUUGAUCGAAAGAAGCCUUAUGAUUGGUCAAAUUUCAAUACCCUGGUCCUGCGUGUUCGUGGUGAUGGUAGACCCUGGAUGAUAAACAUCUAUACAGACCCAUACUUCUCUCAUCAGAAGGAUGACAUAUAUAAUUACUUCAUGUAUACACGUGGGGGCCCGUAUUGGGAGGAAAUCAAGGUUCCAUUUUCUAAGUUUUUUUUUACAAGCCGGGGGAGAAUCCAGGAUAACCAACACGCACUCUGGUUAGAUAAGAUCAGUACCUUAGGAUUCACCAUAGCUGACCAAGUAAAUGGUCCAUUUCAGCUGGAGAUUGACUUCAUUGGAUUGUUCUGUGAUGCAGCCCAUUCAGAGGAAACUGCCUAUGAGCUAUAUGAAAGAAAUCCCAAGAAGUAGAACUUACUGAACAUUUGGAGGACUGCUAUUCAUCUGAAAUUGGAAACUUCCACCAUUCCCCCCACCCUUACACAAAAUUUUCAAACAGCAGGGAGAGGGGGAAAACAGCCUACUAUAAUAGCAUGUGGGAAGAUAGUAGUAGCUGUUAGUGGCUCUCAAGGAUGCAUUCUAAUGGUUUACUAAGUUGGAAUAAUGUCAACAGGCUAAAGGUCUAAAAUUACAUUGAAAUAAUCCAUUUCACUUUAAGA